CAUCGGCAUACAUUUAUUUAGUUUUAUUUUAAAUUUCGCUUUAUACUACCUAUGGCAAAUAUAUGCCUACGGUAUAGCCGUCGGCAUAGGCCCAUCUGCCACGUCAUCGAUCCAUGGGACUGCACCUCCGCGUGUGCACAGGUAUGCCGACGGCCUCGCCGUCGGCAUACUAUUUUUUUAUUUUUACUUUAUUUUCUCAUUUUUACUUUAUUUUAGUUUUUGUUUUUGUAUAAGAUAAUUAUGCCUUAUCUAAAAAAACAUACCCUGAUUGUAUAUCGAUUGCCCCCCGUUACGAACGUCGCUAUCGCCGUGUCACGGAGGGGGGAAACGGUCGACACGGAGGGAAUUCUAGUUGGUGGGGGAUUCGGGGUGUAGCUAUGUCACCGAAACAUCGCACGGGUCCCAAUGCAUAUGUGAAAGUGUUCAGGCAUGCGUAGACGCCCGUCUUGGGGCUCCGCGGUGUGCCCCCUGCACACAAAGCAGUGCCGCCGUCACUUGGAUGGGGGCACACCCCGGAGACGCGUGCCGCCUCUUCGGACAUGCCACCACACCACCCCGCAUGUAUGAGGGCCCGGUGCGACGCUCGGGUGGCAUUGCUUUCUUAUGUAUGACUAACCUCUGUUUGGUGGUGCAGGAGGAGAAACUGAAGCGGCCGCUCUCACACAUGCAGGCAUGGGAGAUCGCCCAUACGCGGAAGGACCCCAAGCCUGGCGAGCCCAAGUACUACGGCAAGAAGACCGUGGGGAGGAAGAAGGCCUACUCCGAAGGGUAUCUGGCGUUACAUCCUGACACACCUGACCCCAUUGCGGCGGAUCUGGACGAAAGGGUGGUGGUUCUCGAUGUUGUGAUCACUCCGUCUAUCUCCUACACACAGCUCCGUCGGAUCGACCCGACCCUGAGCCAGCGCACGAGCACGCGCAUGAGCAGUGCACCGUCACUGUCCCUCUUUCAGGAGCAGCAAACUGCCUACAUGGAGUACACACGCCAGGAGACCAUGGCGUGGCACGACCGCCUUCAUGCAUACCAUCAGCAGAGGGAUCGCGAGAUUCAGCACACUUUUCAGGAAAUGGCGGCCGGCAGGUGUCCUCAAUGGCCAUCAGCAGAGGGUCCUCCAGCACAACCAGUGCUGCUGACCUUUGAGGAGUUUGUGGCACAGAACGCUGGCCCCUCGCCGGGAACAGGUGCAUCUACCGUUGGCGGUGGUCUUCGCAACACUCCCGAGACACGGAGCCCGACCACUCCGAUCCACGGAGACGGAGGCGGAGGCGGACGUGGAGGCGGUCUUGGCGGUAGCGCUGCCGCUAGCAGUGACGACCUGGGCUUCGGCGGUCUUGGCGGUGACGACCUCCGCGGUGCUCAACGUCCUGGCGCUUAAGCCUUUCUCGAUGCUAUGAUACUUGUAUGCUUGUUCUCGAUGCUAUGAUACUUGUAUGCUUGUGAUGUUUCUUAUCUUAUUGUUGUUUGUGAGAUUCUUAUAUGCUUUGUGGUGAUGAUACUUAUAUGUGUGAUGCUUUGCGAUGCUUCUUAGCGAUGCCAAUUUGUUGUGUGAUGCUGUGUAUAUGCUGUUUG